GAGCCAUGGAAGUGCAGAAGCGAACCAGGGUAGAAAAAAGGGUGGGACAUUAUGGUUCUGGCCCUCGGAUAAUAAGCUCUGCCAGCCAAAACAAAGACUUGGAAAAUUGCGGUCUUAUUUUUGCCGGGAGUCUCAGCUAAAAAAGCAAUGUUUGUUUGACCUUAUAGGGCCGUUCAUUUGCCACUCACGUGAUAUCAUCCUCAGGCUGGUGGCAAGCCUAGGCCCCCCUUUGCAGAUAAAGAGGGUUGGGUCGAGCCUGGAGCUGACCAAUUGCUAGAGACAAGUCUACGCAGUGACCAUAUUUGGGUGGUUGCAUCCGAUGGCUCCGAAACAACUCCGCUUGUCCGAGGAUCCCCACAAGGGUGGAAAUGCUUAAAUAUCCAUUGUCUUCUUAGCCAUUGUCUCCAUCCUUCUCAUCAUCAUCUUCAUCUCUAUCUUUGUUCUUUCCUUGAACACCUCUAACACACACACACACCCAUAUCUUCUUUCAGCACUAUGGAGCACAUCGAUCGAGCCCAAUUGUACAAGGACCCAGUCUACCGUUUCCAGUAUGUCGCAAAGUUCAUGGACUUUGGCGACGAGGACGUUGCCGCCAUCAAGGGUGCUGCCGAGUUGAUCAAGCCUCUCGUCCCCACCGUCGUCAACGCCGUCUACAAAAAACUGCACACCUUCGACAUCACCUGGGACGUCAUGGCUAAGCGCCACGAGGGCUUCACGCCCACAAAGUCGGUCAUCGAGAACUCGUCCGAGCUGGACGAGAACGCUGAGCAGAUCAAGUUCCGCAAGGACAUGCUGUCGCGCUACUUUGCCAAGCUGCUCGAAAACCCCUAUGAUGAGCGGAUGAUCAAGUACCUCGAGUACGUGGCACGCAUCCACACAGAUACCCCCACCAAGAAGAGCAAGAUCAAUGUCGAUUUGAUCCACAUCAAUGCCUUGUUGGGAUACGUAGAAACCGUCCUGAUUGGAGGCAUCAAGUCGCUUAACUUGGAUCGUGAUGUCGAGUACAAGGCCAUUGCCGCGUUCGGAAAGCUGCUUUGGAUCCAGAACGACUUCUUCAUCAAGUUUUACUGCAGAGACGGGGCCGAAUACCUCGAAACUCCUUUCCCCAGCUCCACCGUCGUGGCUGUAAGGCAGCCUGGCAUCCUCACCCGACUCUGGCGCUUCUUCUUCUAGUUCGACACAUCGUCAUUUCAUUUUCAUUUUUUUUUUUUUUUUUCAUUCUUUCCAAUCCGUUCCAGCGCCUACGGAACUGUCAAUAGCAGCUGAGUCACUUUUGUAUGAUAGUUCAUAUGCAAAUAAAUCUAAGAUAUUUGCACUC